AGAAGAUAAAGAUCUUUAUCUUCUCCUUCUUGUCUCUCUUCUUCUUCUCCACGACCAAUGGAUCAGAAGGCAAAUCAGAUGUUUAUAGAAAUGAGCAUGAACUGCAACUGGGUUGGUAAGGAAUGUGUUGAGGAUGAUAAUGAUAUUUGUGAAUCGUCAUCCAUUGGAUCUGUCUCAGAAGAUUCAACAGGUUCGGUGUGUUCAUCUUCUUCAUCAGAAUUGACGGAGGAGGCAUCCUCUUCAACAAACUAUCUGUCAACUUCAGCUUCAUCUUCACACUCGAGUGGGCCUUUAUAUGAUGUAUCAGAGCUCAUGACUCAUCUGCCAAUAAAGAGAGGGCUAUCUGUGUUUUACCAAGGGAAGGCUCAGUCUUUCACGUCCUUAGAGAGGGUACAGAGCUUAGAAGAUCUUCCUAAGAAAUGUACACCUUACAGAAAGAAAAUCAAGUCAUGUAAAAGCUAUGGAGCUGAUUUGGAUAGCCACAGAAACAUAUCAUACUCUCCAAAGGCUACAAUAUCAAAGAGAGCUUCAAAGCCAUCUUUUGCAUCUUCUCUCCACAGAAGAGGGAGUCUCCUGGGAAUGCAUAGGCCUUCCAUUGCUGCUCACGAAACUCAUAAGAUCCCAACCAGUUAGAGAUCCUUUUGUCAUAAAAUCCUUUUAUGUCCAAAGUUGAGCUGUCCUUUUCCCCCCCUCUUUUGGCGGAUCCUUUUGUCAUAAAAUCCUUUAUUUGAUUCUCACAUCUUCAUCUCUUUAUAUAUAUAAUUCUUUGAGGAGUCAUACUGUUAUUUAUUUAAGUUAUGAUUUUGCCAUGCUUUAGAUGGCGACUUUCUGUAUGUUUCAGUUAUCAUUCAUUAUGAUGACUCAUCAACUGAUUAAUGAUUAGCAGCAUGAAUUGGGAGAUAUCGUCA